AUGGCCCCUGCUAAGAAGGAUAUGAAGCGCAAGGGUAAGCCAACCGCGUUCCAAUUCUUGAAUGUCGCUGACACUAAAGAAACAGCGCCCGCCGUGAGCGACCCGCCCGCCAAAAAAACUAAGAAGGUCCAGGCCAAACCUGCUGAGACCUCCGAAGAAGCUCCCAAGUCUAUCUUGAAAAAGAAGGCUGCUGCCGCCCCCAAGGCUAAGGAGACCAAGACUGCCGCCCCUGUGAAGGCCAAUGGUACCCCUGCUCGCCAGGCCAAGCCUCGCAAGCGCGCUGCCGACUUCAUCAGCGACGAGGAGACCGAGGAGCCCGCUGCUCCCUCCCCUGUUGCCGAGAAGAAGACUGCCAACAAGAAGUCCAAGAAGGAGGAGACUGCUCCCGUAUCCGCCGUGAAGAAGGCCAAGGCUACACCGAAGGCCAAGAAGGUCGAGGAGGUUGCAGUGGAGUCCGAGGAUGACGAGGCUGAUUUGAUCUCCCUUGGAUCUGACAGCGAAGAGGAUGAGGAGUCUGAGGAUGAGGUCCUGGAUGACCAGACUGCUGCGCUCAUCAAGGGCUUCGAGAGCAGUGACGAUGAGGAUGAGUCCGAGGGUGAAGGCCACAACCCCAACAAGCCCGUUCCCAAGAUCCCAGAUACCAAGAAGGCCCAGAGAAAGAUUGCGAAGAGCCAGAAGGAUAGCGGUGUUCCUGAUACUCCCGGUACCGUCUACGUUGGACGUAUUCCUCACGGUUUCUACGAGCACGAAAUGCGUGCCUACUUCUCCCAGUUCGGUGAAAUUACUCGUCUGCGUCUCUCCCGCAACCGUCUGACCGGUCGGUCAAAGCACUACGCCUUUGUGGAAUUCACCUCCACCACCGUCGCCAAGAUCGUCGCCGAGACCAUGGAUAACUACCUGAUGUACAGCCAUAUCCUUAAGUGCAAGUUUGUUCCCCAGGAGCAGCUCCACCCCGAGGUCUGGAAGGGUGCCAACCGCCGCUUCAAGAAGACCCCAUGGAACCGCAUUGAGAAGAAGCGUCUGGAGAAGGGCAAGACCCGUGAGCAGUGGACCAAGCGUAUUGAGCAGGAGCAGAAGAGGAGACAGGCCAAGAUUGAUAAGCUCCAAGCUUUGGGCUACGAUAUUGAGCUCCCCCAGCUCAAGAGCGUCGACGAUGUGCCAGUUCAAGAAGCCCCCAAGGCCAUUGAGGCUACUGAGGCUACUGAGACCAUUGAAGCCGCCGAGCCCACCAAGGCUGUUGAGGCUGCCGUGGAAGAGCCCGUGAAGGUCAUUGAUACCCCCGUUGUCAAGGAAGAUACCCCCAAGAAGGGCAAGAAGGGCAAGAAGGUCGAAAAGACCGAGGAUGCUCCCAAGCCCAAGGCCACAACAGAGUCCCCUGCACCCAAGAAAAAGGCCACCAAGAAGACCAAGGCCAAGGCUUAA